GGGGCGAUGGCUUCCGCACCCCUUCCAACCAUCCUCUUUCCCUGGAGUCGGCGGACCACAGCAUAGCCAAUUGGCUUGGAGAUGUGGCGGGUUGCCACUUCCCUGUGGGUCUCUGCGGCACUCUUCUGCCUGGUGACUGACACCUUGGAAAUGAAGUUUAUGACGUCAUCGUUGCGGCUGGCCAAUAGAAAGAGCUCCCGCGGAGAGGUGUUCCUUUCCCUUCGACUCAGCUUCUUCACCCGCGUGAACGAGCGCGCGCGCGCGGAGGGGGUGGGGAAAAUCUCAAGCAGGGUGGCGCGCAUGAGCGGCGAAGCUCCACCUCCCCUCCUAUAUAUAAAGGGCUGGCGCGGGGCUCCGCGGCGCCAUUUCGCGCUGGAGUGGAGCAUCCUCUAGAACGAGCUGGAGGAUUCUGCCUACCGAUAGAGAGCCUUCGAGUCGUCCGGGGCCGCCAUUACAAUCCACCUCCAUCCGCUUGGAAAUGGCCUUCGUCCCGGCCUAUGACUGGUCCCAGCGGACAGUACAGACCCCAUAGAAGCCCCUGAAGCUCCCCUUUUUCGGGCCCCGCCCAAUCCUCGGAGUCUGUCCACCCCCUCUACUCCGCCCUCAAGAGGAUUUCAAAGAUGGAGGCGGCGGCUCCCUAAAUCACUUUUCGUGUUCAUCCGCCUCCAUCCGAGAUCGAAACGGGACCUCGUCGGCCCCGUAGGGUCCCGACAAGAAGAGGGGAUCCCUGCAGACCAACAGCGGGCUAUAUUGACGACAGUGUCUGAGAUUGGGGACCGUCUUUUGAAGAGUCAGUCCCUCAUUAGUCGCCCGCCUCAGCUGAGGCCGCCGCCAUUUUCUUGCUGUCCGCCGUCUGCAGAGCGCGCCAAGCUGCCCGGAGCUCUCCGAGAGGCCCCAGAGAGACUGCUUUCGUGCCAGCCAGGCAGGGGGUUUGUCGCCUGGAGGCCCAAGAGGAACGGCCUCCCCCCAACUUACCGGGUUAUGCUGGACCGGGCGGUGAGGGGAACCGAGGCCACCCGGACUUUCCGCGGCUGAGGGCAGCGCCGGUUCCCUGCGGUCAAGAUGCUGCAAAACGUGACUCCCCACAAGCUCCCUGGGGAAGGGAAUGCAGGGUUGCUGGGGCUGGGCCCAGAAGCAGCAGCACCAGGGAAAAGGAUUCGAAAACCCUCUCUCUUGUAUGAGGGAUUUGAGAGCCCCACAAUGGCUUCGGUGCCUGCUUUGCAACUGACCCCUGCCAACCCACCACCCCCAGAGGUGUCCAAUCCCAAAAAGCCAGGACGAGUUACCAACCAGCUGCAAUACCUACACAAGGUAGUGAUGAAGGCUCUGUGGAAACAUCAGUUCGCAUGGCCAUUCCGGCAGCCUGUGGAUGCUGUCAAACUGGGUCUACCGGAUUAUCACAAAAUUAUAAAACAGCCUAUGGACAUGGGUACUAUUAAGAGGAGACUUGAGAACAAUUAUUAUUGGGCUGCCUCAGAGUGUAUGCAAGAUUUUAAUACCAUGUUCACCAACUGUUACAUUUACAACAAGCCCACUGAUGAUAUUGUCCUAAUGGCGCAAACGCUGGAAAAGAUCUUCCUGCAGAAAGUUGCAUCAAUGCCACAAGAAGAACAAGAGCUGGUGGUGACCAUCCCUAAGAACAGCCACAAGAAGGGGGCCAAGUUGGCAGCGCUCCAGGGCAGUGUUACCAGUGCCCAUCAGGUGCCUGCCGUCUCUUCUGUGUCACACACAGCCCUGUAUACUCCUCCACCUGAGAUACCUACCACUGUCCUCAACAUUCCCCACCCAUCAGUCAUUUCCUCUCCACUUCUCAAGUCCCUGCACUCUGCCGGACCCCCACUCCUUGCUGUUACUGCAGCUCCUCCAGCCCAGCCCCUUGCCAAGAAAAAAGGCGUAAAGCGGAAAGCAGAUACUACCACCCCUACACCUACAGCCAUCCUGGCUCCUGGUUCUCCAGCUAGCCCUCCUGGGAGUCUUGAGCCUAAGGCAGCACGGCUUCCACCUAUGCGUAGAGAGAGUGGUCGCCCCAUCAAGCCCCCACGCAAAGAUUUGCCUGACUCUCAGCAACAACACCAGAGCUCUAAGAAAGGAAAGCUUUCAGAACAGUUAAAACAUUGCAAUGGCAUUUUGAAGGAGUUACUCUCUAAGAAGCAUGCUGCCUAUGCUUGGCCUUUCUAUAAACCAGUGGAUGCUUCUGCACUUGGCCUGCAUGACUACCAUGACAUCAUUAAGCACCCCAUGGACCUCAGCACUGUCAAGCGGAAGAUGGAGAACCGUGAUUACCGGGAUGCACAGGAGUUUGCUGCUGAUGUACGGCUUAUGUUCUCCAACUGCUAUAAGUACAAUCCCCCAGAUCACGAUGUUGUGGCAAUGGCACGAAAGCUACAGGAUGUAUUUGAGUUCCGUUAUGCCAAGAUGCCAGAUGAACCACUAGAACCAGGGCCUUUACCAGUCUCUACUGCCGUGCCCCCUGGCUUGGCCAAAUCGUCUUCAGAGUCCUCCAGUGAGGAAAGUAGCAGUGAGAGCUCCUCUGAGGAAGAGGAGGAGGAAGAUGAGGAGGACGAGGAGGAAGAAGAAGAGAGUGAAAGCUCAGACUCAGAGGAAGAAAGGGCUCAUCGUUUAGCAGAACUACAGGAACAGCUUCGGGCAGUACAUGAACAACUGGCUGCUCUGUCCCAGGGUCCAAUAUCCAAGCCCAAGAGGAAAAGAGAGAAAAAAGAGAAAAAGAAGAAACGGAAGGCAGAGAAGCAUCGAGGCCGAGCUGGGGCCGAUGAAGAUGACAAGGGGCCUCGGGCACCCCGCCCACCUCAACCUAAGAAGUCCAAGAAAGCAAGUGGCAGUGGGGGUGGCAGUGCUGCUUUAGGCUCUUCUGGCUUUGGACCUUCUGGAGGAAGUGGCACCAAACUCCAGGCUGGAGUGCAGCGGCGCGAUCUAGGCUCACUGCAACCUCUACUUCUCUGGUUCAAGCGAUUCUCCUGCCUCAGCCUCCCAAGUAGCCAGGAUUACAGGCUCCCCAAAAAGGCCACAAAGACAGCCCCACCUGCCCUGCCUACAGGUUAUGAUUCAGAGGAGGAGGAAGAGAGCAGGCCCAUGAGUUACGAUGAGAAGCGGCAGCUGAGCCUGGACAUCAACAAAUUACCUGGGGAGAAGCUGGGCCGAGUUGUGCAUAUAAUCCAAGCCAGGGAGCCCUCUUUACGUGAUUCAAACCCAGAAGAGAUUGAGAUUGAUUUUGAAACACUCAAGCCAUCCACACUUAGAGAGCUUGAGCGCUAUGUCCUUUCCUGCCUACGUAAGAAACCCCGGAAGCCCUACACCAUUAAGAAGCCUGUGGGAAAGACAAAGGAGGAACUGGCUUUGGAGAAAAAGCGGGAAUUAGAAAAGCGGUUACAAGAUGUCAGCGGACAGCUCAAUUCCACUAAAAAGCCCCCCAAAAAAGCGAGUGAGAAAACAGAGUCAUCCUCUGCACAGCAAGUAGCAGUGUCACGCCUUAGCGCUUCCAGCUCCAGCUCAGAUUCCAGCUCCUCCUCUUCAUCGUCGUCGUCUUCAGACACCAGUGAUUCAGACUCUGGCUAAGGGGUCAGGCCAGAUGGGGCAGGAAGGCUCCGCAGGACCGGACCCCUAGACCACCCUGCCCCACCUGCCCCUUCCCUCUUUGCUGUGACACUUCUUCAUCUCACUUCCCCCUGCCCCCCUCUAGGAGAGCUGGCUCUGCAGUGGGGGAGGGAUGCAGGGACAUUUACUGAAGGAGGGACAUGGACAAAAUCACAUUGAAUUCCUAGCCCCAUUGGGGAGUGACUUCUUGGACACAGAGCCCCCAUUCAAAAUGGGGCAGGGCAAGGGUGGGAGUGCAAAGCCCUGAUCUGGAGUUACAUGAGGCCAUGGCUGCCCUAUUCACUUCUAAGGGCCCUGUUUUGAGAUUGUUUGUUCUAAUUUAUUUUAAGCUAGGUAAGGCUGGGGGGAGGGUGGGGCUGUGGUCCCCUCAGCCUCCAUGGGGAGGGAAGAAGGGGGAGCUCUUUUUUUACGUUGACUUUUUUUUUCUACUCUGUUUUCCCUUUUUCCUUCCGCUCCAUUUGGGGCCCUGGGGGUUUCAGUCAUCUCCCCAUUUGGUCCCCUGGACUGUCUUUGUUGAUUCUAACUUGUAAAUAAAGAAAAUAUUAUUCAA